UCUUUCCUUGUAGUGGAUCAAUAACUGCAUAGGAAGAAAAAAUUACAAAAGGUUCUUCAUCCUCAUGGUGUUUGCUCUUCUCUUGCUUAUUCUGCAGUGGGCUGUUGGGAUGCUUGUGCUGAUACUGUGUUUUGUUGAGAGAAGGAGAUUUUCUGCUGAAAUUGUUUCAAAGCUGGGUAGUAGCUUUUCCUUGGCACCCUUUAUCAUUGUGGUGGCUGUGUGCACUUUAUUAGCCAUGGUUGCUACUCUUCCAGUUGCACAACUUUUCUUCUUCCAUAUUCUUUUAAUAAAAAAGGGAAUCAGCACCUAUGAUUACAUUAUUGCUUUGAGGGAGCAAGAUCAGGAGCAGGAGCAACUUGCUGUUGGUGGGCAGCAAAGUCCGCAAAUGUCCCAAGUGAGCUCUUUUACUGGACUAAGCAGCACCAGUUCUUUCAAUCAAUUCCAUCGCGGUGCAUGGUGUACUCCGCCAAGAUUAUUCCUUGAGGAUCAGCUCUCGCUGGAAAGCUAA